AACUUGGUUUGUAGAUUAAAAACGAAAGUAGACCGGUCACAGCACAGACCUUGUGCUGGCUGCAGUUCGGAGUUCCAGCCAGAAUGCGUAGGAUCUUCUGCAACAAUAACGGAGGACUGUAAUAUAGGGUGCAUUAAUCAGAAGAUGUCUGAUAGGGAUAUCAGAAAGGACUGAGGAUUGAUGAUUGACCAAUGACAGUCUAAUGGAAUGAUAUAAACCAACGGAUCCAAAAAAUGUCAACACAGAAACAGGGCAAGUGGAGAGGGCCUCAUGAGGGGAUGCCGCGUAGGAAUGAAGUGGAAAUUUCUGAUGAUGAUAACACAGAUCAGACUAAAGGAGUGGGAACCAAGAGAUCUAAAUCCCAGGGUUCCUUAAUGCAGACAGUGCAGGGGAAACUCAUGAAGUUUAAAAUAAAACUGGGAGUAUGGAGUAACCCUGAAGGAGUCGAAAGGUUUUUGAUUCAUCUGGUGAUACUUGGAGUUUUACAAGCAAUAAUGACAGGAAUUGCUUACGCGUUAAUUCAGCGAAGUAUAACAGAUCUCAAAUCCUGCAGUCGAGGUUCACACAACUCGGACAGCUCAUUACCAUGUUCAGAUUGUAUGUGUAUCGCUACAGACGGGUUCUCAUCCACAGAGUUUAAAAAUAUAUUAACAAAGCUAGACACUUUGUCAAGGGAUGUUAGACAGACGAUCCAUGAUCAGGAAGUCAUAGGAAACACAAUAAAGGAUAUGGAAAGUAGAGUGGACAGCUUUCAGUCGUCUGUCUCAGAAGUUACUGACUUGAGAGGAGGUGUAGAGGGUUUCAAGACUGAAUUAACAAGCUUUAAAACUGAUAUGCUGGAUAACUUGAGAAAUUCACUUGAUGACGAAGUGAGAAGUAUUAAGAGUGAUAUUGAUACGAAAAUUCAAAACAAAGUUCAAGAAGAAAGCACAACAUUGGGACAAAAUUUAAACGAGAAAAUUCAAGCGACAAGGAAGUCCUCAGAAGAAAAGAUAGGUGUCCUUAAAGACCAUUUAGAGGAAGAAAAGACACAAAGAGAGACUGAUGUUCAGAAGAUGUUGGAAACUAUGAAGACUGUAGAAGCAUCAGCAGUGCAGAACAUCAGUGAUGUCAAAGACAGAGUUGUAGGGAUGACCGGACAGAUAGACUACUUCUACAGGGAACUUAAAGAAAUAAAUAUCUACAUUGUGGGGUUUCUUCUCCUGGUGGUCAUUGGGAUUAUCUAUGGAGCCUACAAGGUGCUGUUGUUUCGACAAACGCUACCUAGGGUCACAGACUAUCCACCGACACUGAAUUACAAUCCCCCACCGACAAAGAAGGGUUCACGGAGCUGGGCGGGAGGCCAGUCAUCAGAAGCCAUUGUGGAGAGGAUUGCCAGGAGAUCUCGAGGACCAGGCCUAAGCAUUGUUAGUUUCAAUGUCAGCUCCCAGCAGUUUCACAAAAGUCUUGUCGCUGGAAUUCCAACAUCCAGCUCAGUGAAUAUCAGUGCUCACCUAAUACGGAAGUUAAAGGAUAUAUUAGAAAUUAAUCCAUUUAGUCAGGUGAUCAUAUUUGUGGAUUUUAAUGAGAGGAACAUCAUCCUAGAAGAUCCAGAUGUGGAGAUUGGGGACAUCAGGAGAAUGACCACACUGGGAUUCCAGAAAAUGGGGUGUGAUGUGUUCGUGGUGUACAUCAGACAUCGCGAUUCGCAGACCUUACAAGAGGGCCAGCUACACAGUCCCCGUCUCUACUCUAUAUACAAACACCCUGUACUGUCCGAGCUCGAGAAAAAAAAACGUGUAUUGUCCAUCUACGAUAAAUUCCAUCCUCAUCAAGUAAAGUUCCUGGAAGACUGCAUUGAAGAGUUGUAAUUUUGUUGUCCUUCUGGUACACCAGGAUGUACCCUUCAUGUAUUUGCUGUUGUAUUACCUGUCUGAGACUGGUAACAGUGUUCUUGUGGUUGUGUGAUAUUUCCUGUCAUGAAGGCCACAGCGCAAAAUGUAGGUCAUCAGGACCUCGUGUUGGUAUCAUGAUUAUGCUAAUUCCAGAUGCGGGAUCAUAAAACCCCUGGCAGAGGUGUGCAUCUAACGAAGAGAAGGUUAUCUUUAAUUUGUUUAUAUUUUAUAGUAUUUUUCAUAAUGAAGUACAUUAUGUAUCUUGCAUAGGUAAAUCAUUCCUAUCAAGAUACGUUUGAUCAAAAGUAGGUCACAAUGGCCUUGUUUUGAAAUGAUAGGACUGUCAGUGACUCUUGAGUUCAUGAAAUAUCAGGUUUACAGUCUCUGUUGAUGUUCAGUGUUACAGUCACAUGGGAGAAAUAGUGAGGGGAUGAUAUUGUAAUUUAACUAAUAAAAAUAAUCAACAAGCAAAAAUAAAAACAAAGCAUAUGGAAGAAAGGACUGAGAGUAUUUAUAGCUUGCCUAUUAACUGUAAAAAUGGUUAUUUACACAUGAGGAAAAUUUACACUAAUUACGCGGUCAUGUUAUAAGUGCGUAAAUUUCCCCCAUACGCAUAGUUUUAAAUAUUUGAUAAAAAAUACAUUAUAUAUAUUCAGUUACCAUGUAAGCCCCAGCCCCCCCCCCCCCCCCCCCCCCCCAGUCGCAGUAAUUUAAUGUCAUUGAAUUAAUGUCAAUAAUCUGUACAUGUAAUUUAAGAGUUGUAUCUAAAUGCUUACACCCUGUUUUGUAGCAGUAGCCUCCCCUGCUUGAGGAGGAUACACCCAUGUACACAUUCUGUAAAGUAGUGCUGUGACAUCACGGUUUUCAUUAUGUGGUAUUUAUGAUGCAAUUACACAGAUGUGUCCCUGUGAUAAUGAUUUAGAAUAUGAUUCCUACGUCUAGUAUAUUUUGUUGUUGAAUGUAUGCACAGGUGUGUAAUAAACUUAUUUUGGUACAAUUUUUAUGGCCCUUAUUAUUUUUGCAUAUUUCACCAUUCCACUUACUUCAAUUAUGUCCGUCUCGAUAUAAGUAAAAAAAAUCUUAAGCGAGACGUUAAACAAGAUACAAUCAUGUUUAUAGCAUUCAAUUGUUUUUAUGGAAUAAAGUGAUUUUGAUUUGCUAUCA